AUGAUUUCGAUUUUCUGUCUCAUUUUCGUGCUAUCGCCAGCAGUGCAAUGUGCUAAAAUUUUAGGAGUUUUCCCGUUUCCCUCCGUCAGCCAUCAAAUAGUCUUCAGGCCGAUAUGGAAGGAGCUGUCUCGAAGGGGCCACCAAGUGACCGUGAUCACCCCAAUGCCUCUACACGACUCCAGUUUGGUCAAUCUCACCGAGAUCGACGUGUCCCUCGGCAAGGACGCCCCGUUCCCGAUGGACCCGUGGAUUUUCGUCACUGGAAACACGUGGGAACGGCUGAAUUUCAUCGUAGAAACCGGAUUGCAUUUCAUCCAGCUGCAGCUGCCCAAACAGCCGCUGCAGGAUCUGAUCAAGGAGGACAAGCCGUUUGAUUUGGUCAUUUUUCAACAUUCGUUUUUGUAUAAUAUCAAAAAAUGGGGAAUAUUAUUUUUAGGAAUAUCCUCAUUAGGGGUGUUUCCCCAUUCGCACGACUCUCUCGGAAAUCCAACACAUCCAGUAGUCUCGCCAGAUAUGAUGCUGGCCUCGUUUUCCAGAUUUCAAAGUCUGUUGUACAACUUUUGGUAUCGAAUGUUAUACUACUGGUACAUUUUGCCUAAAGCUGAUCGAAUAGCGAGGAAGCAUUUCGGGGAUGAUAUGCCUUAUCUAGGGGAUAUUGAGAGAAAUAUGAGUCUUUUGUUGGUUAAUAACAAUCCAAUUAUUCAUGCAGUUAGACCGAAUGUGCCAAAUAUUGUGGAAAUUAGUCAGUUGCAUAUUAGCGAGAAAAAACCAUUACCACAGGAUAUAAAAGAUUAUCUGGAUUCAUCGACACAAGGCGUAGUGUAUUUUAGCUUGGGAAGCAACGUAAAAAGCACUUAUUUAUCAGUGGAAGUCAGACAAGAGAUAAUAAAAGCUUUAGGUGAACUACCAUAUAACGUUCUAUGGAAAUGGGAAUCAGAUCAUCUGCCUGAUAGACCACCAAACGUGUUAACCAGGAAAUGGUUACCACAACAAGACAUUUUAGGACAUCCGAAUAUUAAGGCAUUUGUGACUCAAGGUGGACUUCAAUCUAUCGAAGAGGCUAUUACCAAUGAAGUCCCUUUGGUUGGUAUUCCAUUUAUUACAGAUCAACCGUCAAAUAUAAAGAGAAUCGUAGAACUUGGAAUGGGACAAAUGGUGGAACAUCAAACACUCACCAAGGAAAAAUUGAAGGAGGCUAUACUAGAAGUAGCGGGGGAUCCCGAAUAUAAAGAAAAUGUCAGGAAAUCGAAGUUUAUUAUGGUUGAUCAACCGAUGACAGGAGUUGAUAAAGCGGUUUGGUGGAUUGAAUACGUUAUAAGACAUAAUGGGGCGAAACAUUUACGAAGUCAAGGAGCUGAUAUGUCUUUCUACGAAUACUUUAUGAUCGAUGUAGCAUUAUUUUUAUUAGCAUGUUUUAUUGCAAUGUAUCGUUUAGUAGCUAAAAUCAUAUCAAAAGCGAAACGAUUCAUAAAUUCUAACAAAAAAGUUAAAAGAAAUUAA